AUGCGCGACCCUCGCCUCUCGAGCCCUUACGACCACCCGGUCGCCUCGUCGUCGCGUCGCCCCGUCCACCGUGACGUCCUCGAGCCGGACGAGGCGGUGCGGCCGCGAGGCGGCUUGGACUCGCGCGUCGCCUCGGCGCCAGGGGCGCCCAUCCCGACGCUCGACGCGCCGCGGCAGCAGCAGCACUCGUCGCUCCAGUGGGCGCAGCGCCAGCACGAGUACUUCCACCGCCGCCAGGUCGAGCAGUCGUACCUCGCCCCGCCGGCGCAGGGCUCGUACGCUGCGCCGCAGCGCCACGCCCAGCCUCCUCCGCACCAAGCUCCUCCUCCUUCGAUCCACCGCGUGUACAACGUGCGGUGCGCGACGUGCGACACGUUCCUCUCGGACCGCGGCAUGCGGGCCGUCCUCCUCCUCAAGCCCCACAUCGUCCUCUUCUCGACCGACGCGGCGCCGAGCAACUCGGAAACGUUCUACCCGCGCGACGAGGGCUGCGCCGAGGAGGAGCACGUCGAGCGGACGUGCGAGUGCCUCACGAGCUCGAUCAACUGCCACGGCUGCGGCAGGACUGUCGGUUACCACAUCGUCGCCCCGUGCGCCAAGUGCAACGCCUCGGUCCAGAGCCACCAACGGUCGGCCAACCACCACCGCUUCGUCUUCCACGCCGGCGAGGUGACGGCCCGCGAGCGCAGCUACUACCCGGGCGAGCGAGGCGUCCUCAACCCGAUCGUCGCCCGUUCGACGUCGCCGUCGUCGACCUCGCGAGCUGCGUCGCCUGCCGGCCGACCGACCGACAAGGAGCCGCGCACGACUCGCGCACCGACCCCGCCGAGGAGCUCGUGCGAGCCGCCGCGACUGCUCCAGCGCGGCGACACGCUGUACUGGCACCACCUGCAGCCGGGCGGCGAGCGCAGCAAGAGCGUCGACCCACGCACGAGGGCGCCGUUCUUCGUCGAGCGCGACGGCCGGUGACCGGCUCGCGCCGUCAACCUUCCUCCUCGGCCCUCGUCCUCCCUCCCUCGCCAUCUCUCCCUCAAGCCUGAUACCUCGUACCCUCGCCCCCCUAAUCACGUCCGCAUACCCGUCGUCGCGAGACCAUCCUCGACGCACUGUACCGUCCGCACCUUUACCCCUCGCACCACCUCUCGCAUUGCCUCGUCCCUCUCCCUUUGUCUUCACUCGUCCACCUUAUCGUCUGUAGCACUCGCUGCCCCUUCAUCUUGUCGUUGCCUCUCGUUCUUCAUCCAUCCAGUUCAGCAAUGCCAUUCCUCGCACUCG